AUGAAAUAUAGAACUUAUGCAUAUGUGAGCGAUCCAACUACAUCUGGUGAUCUUGCUUUUGAAACAUUUACUACAAACUCAAAUACCGGUGAUGAUGCCCUUGAAACUGUUGAGCUUGUCAUGGGUUGUGGUUUUGAACAAAAGAACUGGGGACAAAUUCUUGGUGUUCCUGAUAUUGGUGACGGUCAUCAACUACCAAAGCCGCUUCCUCAACGUGGGAGUGCUCCUGUAGCAGGAGUUCUCGGUUUAGGACAAGGAGAUUUCACGUCGUUGGUACAUCAAUUAGGUGAUUCUGAAGGUAAAUUUGCAUACUGCUUGGAGUCGCAUGCUAGUCCUCCCAUUGCGAGUUCACACACGUAUUUAAGGUUUGGUUCAGACGCAACAAUUGGAGGUGGACCUGAAGCCGUACGUAGAACUCCAAUAUUUCGAAACCCAAACUUUGGGACGCCAUACUACUUGCAUCUAGAGGAUAUUAGCAUAGGCGACCGAAAAUUAAAGUUUGCAAGUCAAGAUUUCGAGAUUAGUCCGGAUGGAAAAGGAGGCACUAUCAUAGAUUCUGGGGCGCCACUUAACACUAUGUAUAGGCCUCAUUUCGAAAGAGUUAAACAGGUGUUGGUGGAAUAUAUGGAAGCAGAAGGUGCUCGUCUUGAUGCUGCUAGUCACUUAUUUGGAUCCUUGUUUCGGUAUACCACCCACUUUUGA